CGCAGUAACACCGUCCGAGAAAAGCGGCACCUACUACAUACCGAUUGGCCGGGCUGUCGCCAAGCCGAGAGCAGCCAACCUAUCGCUUCGGCCGUUCCAGCGGAAGGAACUCGCGAGCAGCGCCUCUCUCCUUGUGUUUAUGAUAGCCUCCUGCUGCGUAUCUGUCUCUCUCUCUCUCUCUCUCUCGCGCGCUCCUUCUCUCUCGUGCGGGAAUACACAAGUCCGUUCAGUAGACUCGGCCAUUUCUCUGGCGAAGCUGCGCUCGUCGACGGACUCGCGGCUCGUCCCAGUGUGUGCAGUGCGAGGAUCGUGCGGUGUUUGUGCUGUGUGCAGCAGUCCCGUGCAGCCCAGGCCCUCGGCGGCCCCUUUGUUUCCCCCUGCGCUGCGUGUCGGGUCGACCCCGAGACUCCUGCGGCAAAAUAACGCGACGCAAAAGGAUGAUACACUCCGGGCGCACGAGGCUCGAGAAAAAAGUAAGUCGAGUGGGUGUGGGUGGAGGGGCUCAAGUUGGUCAAGGGGUUCAGCCGACUGACGAGUCCGGUGUCAGCAUUCACUGGUGGAGACAACAGCAUCAUCUUCAUCACCAUCACUAUCAUCAACAUCACCAUCAACAUCAGCAGCAUCAGCAGCAGGGCAGUUACUAUGCGUCUUCGCAAUCGCACUUUCACAACAAUCCCGUCGCUACCAUCAAGCAGUCCUACAUGCAGUUGACGUGGGUCUUUCACGAUGACGAGGCUCAAAUCAACAAAAAACUGCCAAAGGAAUUGUUGCUGAGAAUCUUGUCGUACUUGGACGUCGUGUCGUUAUGUCGCUGCGCCCAAGUAAGCAAAGCCUGGAACGUCUUGGCACUCGACGGCUCGAACUGGCAGAGAAUAGACCUCUUCGACUUUCAGCGGGACGUAGAGGGACCAGUGAUCGAGAACAUCUCUCGAAGAUGCGGCGGAUUCCUGCGCCAGCUGUCCCUCAGGGGCUGCCAGAGCAUCGGCAACGUGUCGAUGAAGACCCUCGCGCAGUCCUGCCCGAAUAUCGAGGAGCUGAACCUGAGCCAGUGCAAGAAAAUCUCGGACACGACUUGCGCGGCUCUGAGCAAUCACUGUCCCAAGCUUCAGCGGCUCAACCUCGACUCGUGCCCCGAGAUCACGGAUCUGUCGCUCAAGGAUCUCUCGGACGGCUGCAGACUGUUGACUCACAUCAACCUGUCGUGGUGCGAGUUGCUGACGGAUAACGGCGUCGAGGCACUGGCCAGGGGAUGUCCGGAGCUCAGAAGCUUUCUCAGCAAGGGCUGCAGGCAGCUGACCGACAGGGCGGUCAAGUGCCUCGCCCGGUUCUGUCCGAAACUCGAGGUUAUCAACCUUCACGAGUGCAGGAACAUAACCGACGAGGCAGUCAAAGAGCUGAGCGAGAGGUGUCCUCGGCUGCACUACGUUUGUAUUUCCAACUGUCCGAAUUUGACGGACAGCUCACUGAGUACUCUUGCACAACACUGUCCUCUUCUUAGCGUAUUGGAAUGCGUCGCGUGCGCCCAUUUCACCGACGCCGGCUUUCAAGCUCUCGCACGAAACUGUCGACUGCUGGAGAAAAUGGACCUGGAGGAGUGCGUUCUGAUAACCGACGCGACGCUCAUUCACCUGGCGAUGGGCUGUCCGCGAUUGGAAAAAUUGAGUUUGUCACACUGCGAACUGAUAACCGACGAAGGCAUCCGACAGUUGGCCCUGUCGCCCUGUGCCGCGGAGCACUUGGCCGUGCUGGAGCUCGACAACUGUCCCCUCAUCACCGACGCCAGUCUGGAUCACCUUCUGCAAGCUUGCCACAACCUCGAGCGCAUCGAACUCUAUGACUGCCAAUUAAUCACUAGGGCUGGCAUACGUAGACUACGAACCCACUUGCCAAACAUAAAAGUACACGCGUACUUUGCGCCGGUAUCGCCGCCGCCGAGUGCGGGCGCUUCGCGGCAGCGCUACUGUCGCUGCUGCGUCAUUCUGUGAUUCCGUACCGCCAGCCACACGCGGUACCACGUCCUAAGCCAGCUCCGAGUUUCACCGGGCUGCCACAUCUGCGGCAGCUACCGGCGAGCUUUGGAGCACCGAUAAAUAAUCUCCCUACAGACAGCGGAGCGGCUCUUCGCAGCCUAAAAAGACAACAACAGCAACAUCAACAACAAACCCCCCUUUUGAAUGAAGACGAGCGAGCUGACAGCGCGCACCGGCGUCGUCGUUGUCGAGGUCGCGGUCACUGCGGAUUUCACUCUCUCACUCUCACUUCACUCAGUCCCGAUGUAAUACUUUUGCGUUUGCUCCGCGCGACAGACACACAAACACGGAUUCAUCAUUAUACCAAAACCCUCCCUGACUAAUUAUGAAUAUUAUACCGAACAAGUCGCACAAAAAUGGACUCUCAACGAGACGACGACAACAACGCUCUUUGUACAAGCGAAACGUUAUAUACAUUAUAAGGCGGUCGCGCAUUUUAGUAUAUUUUAACCGAGACGAUUCCGUCGUCCGGCCGAGGUCACAUUCCCCUAUCGGCCCGAUCGAUUAUUGUAUACCGGGCAUUGGCUGCGGUAAUAGUUAUUGUGCUAGUAGUGACUAUUAUAAUAAUUGUCGUAUCGCGAAGGAAAAACAUCUGGACAUCGCGUCUCCUCGACUGUCAAUGGAGAGAGCCGUAGGCGGGCCAGCCUUGACCAGGAGAGCUCAGACUGACAAAAAAUAAACGAAUCAAAGCGUUUUAAAUUAAAACAAAACACAAAAAAAAACAGCGCGAUCGCAACAAUGAACAUUCACACCUCCCAUGGCUGAUUAGAGCUGAUCGGCGCACCGAACUUUGAAAAAUCGAGAGACAUUACGACGAGGAUGUACAUUAUACUUUUUGAAUUUCGCGAGCAUUUUUUCGCGAGUACUAUCGUGAGCGAUAUAUCUCGACGGCAUUACGCUUUUAACGAAUGAAAGACGAACAAACUUUUACGUGAUAAUGCGCAUACACUUGUACUACUGUGUGUAACCGAACUAUUUUACGCGCAGUUAGAGAGGAAGAAAGAGGAGCCGAAAGCAUCCUCUCAUGCGUUUCUUUUACAAUUUUUUACACCUUUUUCUAAUGUCUUUGACGGUUACGCUAACCCAUUGUUUAUUAACCCCUCACUGCGAGAGAAUAGCAAGAAACUGUUUGCAUUACCCUGAUUUUUUUUUGUGUUCAGUUACGAUUCUGUUCGCUAAUUUCCUAUGAUAUUCCUGGAAUGCAUUCGAGAAAUUGAAAAAAAAACGAACGGCGUAUACUGAUGUAUCUCUGUCGUGUAAUGGACAGAAAAAGGUAAAGAGACGAGAAAAUGAAAAAAAAGAAUAAUAAUAACGUAUAUACUUCGUAAAAAGUAUGUAUAACUAAGAUAUGUUUUAUACGCUGCAUGUUGACCAUAGAUGAGAGAGCGCACGACGUCAACUAAUGUGCGUGUAUACAAGUUCUCGUCUAUAAGAUAACACAAAAUAAUAAGUGAUGUUCGAUGCGUCUAUGAUAAUACUUGUAACGGCGGGUGAAAAUCGACUAUAUUUCUGGAGUGACGAUUCGGCAUGAGACUCUUAAUUUCCUUUACGAUCCUCACUGAUGUAAUUCUGAUCUGUGUAUACUUUUCGUUAUACGUAUAACACUGUCCCUUUUCGAUUGCGAUCGCAAGUCGAUCGAUCGAUUUCCAAGAGCUUAUAUAUUGAAGGAAAAGGAUAUAUUUCUUUUAUUUUCUCACGAAAACAAUCGAGUCGAGAGGAGAAGCGGAGGCGAAAGAGAAUUUGGCAGUGAAGCGAUUUGAAUUAUCGAGUUGGAUAAUAUUGAUGUUCUUCAUAAACAAACGUGAAAAAAAAACAAAAAAUAGCGUGAAUGAUUCACUGUGGAAUGCAAGUGAACGAACGAGCAAAUGUUUGGCUGUGCAAUAGAAUAGAGAAAAAAUGGUACAGACGCUAUUAUACGAGAGACGAAAUCGGCUGCGGCAUUUUUUUCUGCGUGUGUUUGCGAGUAUUCGAAAUCUCUGUUCGUCUUUUCUUUUUUAUUUUUGCAUAAGUCUAGUGCAAAACAUUGCGUCGUGUCCACCGCAUUAUUAACUAUUAUUAUUAUUAUUAUUAUUAUUAUUAUUUUUUUUAUUAUGAUUAUUACUAUUACUCGUAUAAAUGUUCGAGGUGGAUGUGAGUGAAGUUAACGAAUGACUAUCGAUAUUUAAUCAACCUACGAUGUUUAGUUAAGUCUAUACGGCUAAGUACGGAUUAGUUGAUAAAACUGUUCGAAAAAAGUUUAUGUUAUUUAUUAUAGUUUCUGUGUAACGACGCCGAUCGUACGCAAUAUCACUUUACGAUCGGGAGUAUUUUUAACAUUUCGAGGUAACGCUCAAACAGGAUCAGAAAAAAAUACUACUGGCCGAUUAACAUUUCACUGCUUCGAUAAACUGCAGUCUACCAUGUAUAUAUUUUCAUUAAUGUAUGUACAAUAAAAUAUAUUCGAGACAA